AUGGAGGGGCUGCUUUCGGGCGCCACACCUCAGCACUUCCCGCAGACACCGGGACAAAGGGACGUCUCACCGCGGUCCUCUGCGGGGAGACGUCCCUUUGUACCGCAGACACCGAGACAAAGGGACGUCUCACCGCGGUCCUCUGCGGGAGACACAGGACACCGCAGGAUUAGCCUCAGUCUGGACCUCGCGGAUCUGAAGCAUCAAGCAAGUCUCUGCAGCUGCAGCCUCAGUCUGCAGAGCCUCAGUCUGCAGAGCCUCAGUCUGCAGAGCCUCAGUCUGCGGAGCCUCAGUCUGCGGAGCCUCAGUCUGCGGAGCCUCAGUCUGCGGAGCCUCAGUCUGCAGAGCCUCAGUCUGCAGAGCCUCAGUCUGCAGAGCCUCAGUCUGCGGAGCCUCAGUCUGCAGAGCCUCAGUCUGCGGAGCCUCAGUCUGCGGAGCCUCAGUCUGCGGAGCCUCAGUCUGCGGAGCCUCAGUCUGCGGAGCCUCAGUCUGCGGAGCCUCAGUCUGCGGAGCCUCAGUCUGCAGUCUGCGGAGCCUCAGUCUGCGGAGCCUCAGUCUGCGGAGCCUCAGUCUGCGGAGCCUCAGUCUGCGGAGCCUCAGUCUGCGGAGCCUCAGUCUGCGGAGCCUCAGUCUGCGGAGCCUCAGUCUGCGGAGCCUCAGUCUGCGGAGCCUCAGUCUGCGGAGCCUCAGUCUGCGGAGCCUCAGUCUGCGGAGCCUCAGUCUGCGGAGCCUCAGUCUGCGGAGCCUCAGUCUGCGGAGCCUCAGUCUGCGGAGCCUCAGUCUGCGGAGCCUCAGUCUGCGGAGCCUCAGUCUGCGGAGCCUCAGUCUGCGGAGCCUCAGUCUGCGGAGCCUCAGUCUGCGGAGCCUCAGUCUGCGGAGCCUCAGUCUGCGGAGCCUCAGUCUGCGGAGCCUCAGUCUGCGGAGCGUCAGUCUGCGGAGCGUCAGUCUGCGGAGCCUCAGUCUGCGGAGCCUCAGUCUGCAGAGCCUCAGUCUGCAGAGCCUCAGUCUGCAGAGCCUCAGUCUGCAGAGCCUCAGUCUGCAGAGCCUCAGUCUGCAGAGCCUCAGUCUGCAGAGCCUCAGUCUGCGGAGCCUCAGUCUGCGGAGCCUCAGUCUGCAGAGCCUCAGUCUGCAGAGCCUCAGUCUGCGGAGCCUCAGUCUGCGGAGCCUCAGUCUGCGGAGCCUCAGUCUGCGGAGCCUCAGUCUGCGGAGCCUCAGUCUGCGGAGCCUUAUCUGCGGAGCCUCAGUCUGCGGAGCCUCAGUCUGCAGAGCCUCAGUCUGCGGAGCCUCAGUCUGCGGAGCCUCAGUCUGCGGAGCCUCAGUCUGCGGAGCCUCAGUCUGCGGAGCCUCAGUCUGCAGAGCCUCAGUCUGCAGAGCCUCAGUCUGCGGAGCCUCAGUCUGCGGAGCCUCAGUCUGCAGAGCCUCAGUCUGCAGAGCCUCAGUCUGCGGAGCCUCAGUCUGCGGAGCCUCAGUCUGCGGAGCCUCAGUCUGCGGAGCCUCAGUCUGCAGAGCCUCAGUCUGCAGAGCCUCAGUCUGCGGAGCCUCAGUCUGCGGAGCCUCAGUCUGCGGAGCCUCAGUCUGCGGAGCCUCAGUCUGCGGAGCCUUAGUCUGCGGAGCCUCAGUCUGCGGAGCCUCAGUCUGCGGAGCCUCAGUCUGCAGAGCCUCAGUCUGCAGAGCCUCAGUCUGCGGAGCCUCAGUCUGCAGAGCCUCAGUCUGCAGAGCCUCAGUCUGCAGAGCCUCAGUCUGCAGAGCCUCAGUCUGCGGAGCCUCAGUCUGCGGAGCCUCAGUCUGCGGAGCCUCAGUCUGCGGAGCCUCAGUCUGCGGAGCCUCAGUCUGCGGAGCCUCAGUCUGCAGAGCCUCAGUCUGCGGAGCCUCAGUCUGCAGAGCCUCAGUCUGCGGAGCCUCAGUCUGCGGAGCCUCAGUCUGCGGAGCCUCAGUCUGCAGAGCCUCAGUCUGCGGAGCCUCAGUCUGCAGAGCCUCAGUCUGCAGAGCCUCAGUCUCCUCCGUGUCGUCUCCUGA